ACAAUUGGACACAAACUUCAGAGCAAUGGCAGCACAAACACUGUCGUUUGUCUCAUGUUCCUGUUAAACAAAUCAUAUAUACUUUAUCAUCAUUUCAUUAUUAUAAUAAUAAUAAUCAAAAUGUUUUGCUUCAAUUAAACUUCAUACUCCAUUUUCAUUCUUUCUUUAUUCUCUUUCUCAUUGUUCACUUUAACACAUUUCCACUAACUUUCAGCUUAAAUCCCAUCUGGGUUUUACUUAAAAAUGGAAAAAAAACAAGGGUUUUUCUCUACAUUAAAAGAUGAAGUAGUUAGAGGCUUAUCUCCAGGUAGAAGAAGACCAAAAACGGGUCAACCCGAAAGAAGAAGUAGAAGUGGGUCACCAAAUUCGGGUUUGUUAAGAAGAAGACCAACAAAAGCCCAUCAUUAUGUUUCUCAACCCGACCCGGUUAUCUCAAGAUCCGGAAGUUUAAGACCAUUAGAAGCUCUUUCGCCGCUCCGAGAAGGCCCGGAUCCGAAUGAGAACCAUGUGGAUGCUGUUGGAGAUUCAUCGAAAGUUGAAAGAUGGGGGCAUUGGAUGAAGGGUCAGUUAUGUAGAGCUCCAAAUGCUGGGUCCGGGUCGGGUUCUGGAUCAGGGUCGGGUUCUGGGUCAGCUUCGGGUUAUCAACGUUCGGAUCUGAGAUUGUUGCUUGGUGUUUUGGGUGCACCGCUUGCACCGGUGCAUGUUAGCAACUUGGAACCUUUUCCUCAUCUUAGUAUCAAAGAUACUCCCAUUGAAACUUCGUCUGCACAAUAUAUACUGCAACAGUACAUGGCUGCAUCUGGUGGUCAGAAGCUGCAGAAUUCGAUUCACAAUGCUUAUGCUAUGGGUAAAGUGAAGAUGUUGGCGUUUGAUAUAGAAACGGCUACAAAAGUGAUAAAGAAUAGGAAUUCAUCAAAAACGGCAGAGUCCGGUGGCUUUGUGCUAUGGCAGAUGAAUCCAGAUAUGUGGUACGUGGAGCUUGCACUUGGGUCAAGCAAGGUUCAUGCUGGUUGUAAUGGGCGGCUUGUGUGGCGCCACACACCAUGGCUAGGUGCUCAUGCUGCUAAAGGUCCAGUUAGACCCCUGCGUCGUGCUCUUCAGGGUCUCGAUCCACGAACAACUGCAAGCAUGUUCACAAAUGCAAGAUGCACUGGGGAAAAAAAGAUCAAUGAUGAGGAUUGUUUCAUCCUCAAACUUUGCGCAGAUCCCCAUACUCUAAAAGCAAGAAGUGAAGGGCCCGCGGAGAUCAUAAGACACGUUUUGUUUGGCUACUUCAGCCAAAAAACCGGGCUCUUGGUCCACCUAGAAGACUCUCAUUUGACCCGUAUCCAAACCAAUGGUGGAGAUGCUGUUUAUUGGGAGACCACAAUCAACUCAUUUCUCGAUGAUUACAGGCCUGUCGAGGGGAUCAUGAUUGCUCAUUCGGGUAGAUCGGUUGUAACCCUUUUCAGGUUUGGUGAAACUGCUAUGAGCCACACCAAGACUAGGAUGGAAGAGGCGUGGACCAUUGAAGAAGUGGCGUUUAAUGUCCCGGGCCUUUCAAUGGACUGCUUUAUUCCACCAGCCGAGUUACGGUUUGGGAAUGUGAGUGAAGCCUGCGAGCUUCCUCAAGAAGAUCGGGUAAAAACUGCUGCCAUGGCUGCUGCCGCCUACCGGGCUAAAGUUGCAGCUUUUGAAAGAUCACGUGAUGGGUCAGGUCAUAAUGUCGGAUUGAGGAGGGAAAUUUAAAGGAUUAGCGGCAGGAUUUGAGAAUUUGCAUACUAAUAGGGAUAGUGUCGCAAUUUGACUUUAAACUGCAUUAGGAACUCGACUGAUUCUGUUAAUAUUUCUGAGAAUUAUCAUGUUUUGAGCCUCUGAUCGAUCUUUUUUCUCUCUCAGUCGAGAGUUCUCUUAUGGUACGUUGCGAAUAGCGCACGUUCUUGAUCUAUUAGAUUCAACUUGUGUAAAAUCUUGUUUGAAAGAUUAACAUUUAAUAUCAUCUUUGUACAAUACUUAUGCAAAGCAAAGUUUUUUUCAAGUUCAAA